GAUGUUUGAGCUCACCUGUUCGCUGCCUCUGGAGAAGGACCUGCGGGUGAUGCUGUACGACCACGACAUGCUGACCAAAGAUGAAAAAAUCGGAGAGACGGUGAUCGACCUGGAAAACCGCUUCCUGUCCAAAUACGAAGCCAUGUGCGGCCUGCCGCAGUCGUACUGUGUGUCGGGGGUGAACCAGUGGCGACACCAGCUGACUCCCAGGCAGCUGCUGCACAGAGUGUGUGAGCGGCGAAACCUGCGAAAGCCCGUCUACCAGGACGACUUCGUCCUCUUCAGAGGAGACCAGUACACCGCCGCUGACCUCG